AUUCAAACCAUCAGCCCUUUAAACAGUGCAGAUGGUAUUUAUUCUCCCACUAGAACUGCAUUGGGAAUGGAUGAGGGGGGGAAAAAUGAGAGACAUUUCGUUGCUCACAUAACAUUCUUAUUAUCCGUUUAAAUCCUCGGUUAGAUUAUGGCACUUGUGCCAUCACCAAUCUCAUGCUCCAACGCACGCCUCCCAUCUCCAACCCCGCGUCGAAGUCCACGCACUCAGCCCACAACCCUUGUGAGAAACCCCCCUACCACCUCCGUCUCCCAAGAUGACCCAAAUUCUCCCCACCAAACGUUCGACAAAAUGCCCGACCAGCAACACUCCUGCGCCUCCUUCUCUUCCACCUCUCUCAUCCUCGCCCACACCAAGCGUGGCGACUUCUCUCGAGCAUUUGAGCUCUUCACUAAAAUGUCAAGGUCCGGCUGGACCCCUGACGAAUUCGCUCUCGGGAGCCUCCUAAAAGCCAGCUACGGCCUCUCCGACGUCAGCCUCGGCGAGCAACUCCAUGCCAAGUCCAUACGUGCCGGCCUCGCUUCCGAGCCUGGCGUUCGUACUUCUCUCAUAACCAUGUACUCCUCUACCGACCUCUUAGAAGAAGCCCGCCAAGUCUUCGAUGAAGUCCCUCCAGUCCAUGAGGCUGAUGUCCCCACGUGGAAUUCCAUUCUCUCUGCCUAUGUCUUCCACGGCUGGUACAUGGAGUGCUUUCUCUUGUUUGCAGCCAUGCUUGAGCUGGCGCAGUUGAACCCAACCGACGCAACAUAUGCUAUUAUGAUCCAUGCAUGCACGUCGAGCAAAGAGGUUGGAAUUGGAAAGGCAUUGCAUGCAAUGAUCGUUAAAGACCAGAUACUCGAUAAGAUUAAGAUGCAUAACUCUCUCAUUACCAUGUAUGCAAAGUCUGGACUUUUGGAGGAUGCGAAGAAAGUUUUCAAGGCGAUGGACAGGACAAAUGUAGUUUCUUGGAAUGCCAUGAUUUCGGGUCUUGAACAGAAUGGGGAGUGCGAGAGCGCGAUAGAACUGUUCCGCAGGCUUGCUGGAUUUGAAGGUCAGGUACUUGUGAGACCAAACAGAAUUACAUUUCUCAGUAUGCUCAAUGCUAUAUCUACUGCUUUGGCUUUCAAUUUAGGCCGGGAGGUUCAUGCUAAGAUGAUUCGAUCAGGGCUCGAGUUUGAGACAAGCAUAGGCAAUUCACUGAUUACCAUGUAUGGGAAGUUCGGCCAAGUGGUGAAAGGGAGGUUGGUCUUUGAGAGAUUGAGUUCCCGUGAUGUUGUCACUUGGAACUCAAUGCUUGCCGGGUAUGCACAAAAUGAUCAAUUCAAGAGCUGUUGUGUGCUAUUUAGGGAAAUGCAGUCGCAAGCAUGCAGCGGAUUGGCUUCCAUUGAAUUGGGCAAGCAGCUCCAUGCUUUCACCAUAAAACACCGCCUCCAUCAUUGUAAUUCUCAAACUUUUCUCUUGUCAAUCAACAACGCAUUGAUAUCCAUGUAUUCCAAAUGUGGCAGCAUCAGCGAUGCAGAAAAAGUUUUUAAGAGGAUAGCAAGGAAGGAUGUAUUCUCAUGGACAUCCAUGAUAACUGGGUAUGCACACCAUGGAAUGGCCUCUGAAUCCCUUCAACUCUUUAGGAGAAUGACAAGAGAUGGUGUUCGGCCCAACUCGGUCACUUUUCUUGGGUUGUUUUCUGCUUGUGCUCAUGCAGGUUUAGUCAAAGAAGGGAUGCACUGUUUUGCUUUAAUGAGGAAGGAAAGUGAUACAAAACCAAGCAUUGAGCAUUAUGCUUGCAUGGUAGAUUUGUUUGGUCGUGCUGGCCGAUUUGAGACAGCACAAGCUAUUAUUUGGGAUGGAAUUUCUUGCCUGAGGUUGCAACGUAAUUCUUCUUUAUGCCUCUGGAAAGUACUCCUUGGCACAUGCCAUGCACAUAAGCAACUUGAUCUCGGAAUCCAUGUUGCAACUAAGAUUUUAGAGCUUGAUCCUGAUGAUGAGACUACAUAUGUCCUCCUCUCAAAUCUAUAUGCUUCAUUUGGCUUGUGGGAAGAUGCGAUAGGUGUGAGAAGCAUGAUGAGAGAGAGAGGACUGAAGAAGGAAGCUGGAUGUAGCUCGGUUGAGGUUGAAAAUAAAAGGCAUGUCUUUGUAGCAGGAGGUGGUUGCCACCCAAACCGGAAGGAGAUCUAUAAGGAACUUGAGGAGUUGGAUGAGAAGUGUAGAUACAUUGGAUACGUUCCCAUGACAGAGUGUGUUCUCCAUGAUGUUGAUGAGGCUCAAAAGGAAUUGAUUUUAAGUUGUCACAGUGAGAAGUUAGCUGUAUCAUUUGCGCUACUGCAGACCAGGGCAAGGAAGGGAGUAAUUCGGGUGAUCAAGAACCUCCGUGUAUGUGGAGAUUGUCAUAAUUGGAUGAAAUUUGCUUCAGAGGUCGCAGGCCGAGAGAUUAUUCUGAGAGAUUCUCGACGGUUUCAUACUUUUAAGGAUGGGAAAUGUUCAUGUGGAGAUUAUUGGUAGCAAUAAUGGAGGGCAGAUUAGAAAAGUUGGCCUUUUUUCUGAGAAAAGAGUUGGCUAAAUUUUAAGCAGACUGUUUAAGGGAGUGGAUACUAGAUCUUCUCAGACUCCUGCAAUACGCUGAGAUGUUCAAAUUUUGAAUAAAAAGACAUUCAUUUGAAGGUUUCUGCAUCAAUCCAGUCUGAUAUGUGUGGCUUGAAAGUGGAUAUGAUGCAAUACUCUUCUACGUCAAGCUAUUCUGCUCUCCGGUAUUCCAAGGAAGCUAUGUCUAUACUGUAAGCUUGAUAAUUUUUUUGAUGUAAAUGUCAAGCUUGAUAAACAUUAACACACACCUCUAAUACUUUGUAUAUUGUCCAUCAAAGAAAACUUGGCAGUCAGUUGGGAUUGUUCAUUAUAUGCAAAUCAUUAACUUGGAAAUUUUAAUA